GAAGUUCUAUGAAGCUCAGCUGGCAAAUUACUCCAGCAUAAGGGACGACUACAUGAAAAAGUAUACAAGUUUCCCUUUGGCAGUUGAGUUGGAGAAGAAGAAACAAGCCUUGGCCGCUGCCCAAAGACAGUUGGAUGAUAUCAUGACAGUAAAGCAAGAUUUGGAAAGCAGGAUUGCAUCGAAGGAAGAUGAAUUGGACAGUAAAAUAAUGACACGAAUUGUAGUCAAGAUUGCCAAGACACAGCUAGCAACUGUUCAGCUGAGAAAAGUCGUCGAUGAGCGACUGGCAGAAAAAGCCAACUUGGCGGAUAAACUAAAGGAAAUACGAACAACCGAACACACAGGACAG